AUGCAAGCUCUUCGAAAGACGGACGAGUCGAGACCCUCAAAUCGGACCAAAUCGGGAGGUAUCCAUCUCGUGACGACCUACGAAACGUUACACGAACGCCUCCCCUAUACCGCUGGCGGCUGCUGCAAAGGUACAUUGACUACCCUGCUUGAGGUACCUUGCCGCAGCAGUCCAAAUGGUUUCACGAAUGCCGAGAUGGUCCAGAAGGAGACCAACCUCAUCGAGAGCAACGAGCUCGAGCUUGGCGUCGUCAAAAAGAAAUGA